AUGAUUUCUUACACGAGAUCUAUCAAUCUCCUCCGCUCAAUCAGGGGCGUUCGUUCCAGGGUGGUAGGAACGUCCCGGGGCCUGGCAACUGCCUCCGAAGGGUCACAGCCAUACGAUGUCGUUGUCAUCGGAGGAGGACAUGCCGGCUCGGAAGCGUGUGCAGCCGCCGCUCGAACAGGGGCUCGAACGGUUUUAGUCACGCCUUCACGGUCGAAUAUCGGUGUAUGCUCGUGCAACCCUAGCUUUGGUGGCAUCGGAAAGGGCACGAUGAUUCGUGAAGUCGAUGCAAUGGAUGGAGUGGCGGGGCGCAUUAUCGACAAGGCAGGCAUCAUGUUUCGCACGUUAAACCAGUCCAAGGGCCCCGCGGUUUGGGGCCCUCGCGCACAGAUUGAUCGAGAUCUUUACAAGAAAUACAUGCAAGAGGAGCUUUCUUCAACAGAAGGACUCACUAUCCUCGAGGGCAAGGUCGCUGAUAUUGUUGUGUCUAAGGAAGAGUCGGUAGAUAGCCCUGGGUCGCAAGGCAAGAUUGUCGGGGUACGGCUGGAGUCAGGCGAGAUACUAUCUACCGGGCGGGUGGUGAUCACCACCGGCACGUUCCUUGGCGGAGAGAUUCAUAUCGGUCUGGAGGCUUACCCGUCGGGUCGGAUGGGAGAAGCGGCCACCUUUGGGCUAAGCAAGUCGCUUCGUGAGGCUGGUUUCCAGCUCGGUCGCCUGAAGACGGGGACACCGCCGCGGCUAGACAUGAAGACGAUCGAUUUUUCGGUCCUUGAAGUCCAACGGGGCGACUCUCCGCCGUCACCAUUUUCGUUCAUGAACGAUACUGUGCAGGUCGGGGACGAAGGCCAACUGACCUGCUGGCAGACGCAUACCAAUGAGGCAUCUCAUGAUAUCAUCCGUGCCAACCUGGACAAGUCUAUCCAUAUCCGCGAGACCGUCAAAGGUCCUCGGUAUUGCCCUUCCUUGGAGUCGAAAGUCAUUCGCUUCCCGGAGAAAAAGCAGCACCAGAUCUGGCUGGAACCAGAAGGAUUUGCACCCAACGAAGUGAUCUACCCGAACGGAAUCUCCAUGACUGUGCCUGCGGAUGUUCAAUAUGCCAUGCUACGGACCAUGCGGGGUCUGGAGAAUGUGCGGAUGUUGCAGCCCGGCUACGGGGUGGAAUAUGACUUUAUUGACCCCCGGAAUCUGCAGCCGACGCUGGAGACGAAACUCAUCAGCGGACUGUACCUUGCUGGGCAGAUCAACGGCACGACAGGGUACGAAGAGGCCGCGGGUCAGGGGAUCAUCGCGGGAAUGAACGCCGGCCUGGCGUCUCGUGGCCGGCAGCCUCUGACGCUGAAACGGUCGGACGGCUUCAUUGGGGUGAUGAUCGACGACCUCAUUACCAAGGGGGUCUCUGAGCCGUACCGGAUGUUCACCACGCGCAGCGAGUACCGAAUCACGACGCGGGCCGACAACGCCGACUCGCGGCUGACGCCCAUGGCGCACGCGGCGGGAGCCGUGUCCGAGAAGCGCUGGCGCCACUUCUGCGAGACCAAGGCGCAACUCACGGAGCUGCACAGCCUUCUAGCCAACACGCGGCUCUCUGCCCAGACAUGGGCGCGGCGCGGGUUCGGCGUGCGAAUGGACACCUCGGUGCGCUCUGCGCUCGACCUCCUCAACGUGCUCGGGGUGGACAUCGACAUGCUCAUCCCGCACAUCGAGGUCUCCGGCGCAGCCCCGGGGAGAGUGUACACGCCCAACUCAUUUGCGCCGGGGAUCCGCACCCGCGUCUCCAUCGAGGGCCGGUACGCGCCUAUCGUGAAAAGACAGGAGACCAUGGCGCGCCGCUUCCUCGCGGAGGAGAACCUUCUCAUCCCGCCGGAUCUGGACUACAAGCUCAUCCAGGGGAUCAGCACCGAGGAGCGCCAUGCGUUCGAGCGCGUGCGGCCCGUCAGCUUGGGCAUGGUGCGGCGGAUUGAGGGGGUUACACCUGCUGGGGCGCUCCGCCUCCUCUAUCACAUCCGGCAAAAAACUGGUUCUUCGAGUUCUAAAUCAGCCAAGCCUGUUCCUGAUGUUUAA